GAUCGUAGAUCAUGUAGUGUGGUGUAGUGAGUGGUGAUUGACAUCGUGUGUGGUCAUUUCGUGAGCGAACCAUAUGGUCUAGUGACUAUCGCAUCAUAUCACCGUGUGGCGUCAUGGUAUCAUGUAGUGUGGUGUAGUGAGUGGUGAUGUUUCUGUGGAAAUACUUUAGGGAUAGUGGUAUGGGGCUGCCGGAUUUGACGGAGGUACGCGCUGAACGCGAUGUUCUCCAAGCGCGCAUGUCAGAGCAAGCGCUCAAGAUAUCCUCGCUGUCGGCGCGGCUCGAGACUCAGAGGAACAACGCCGAGGCGCUCGCGCACCAGGCGGCCCACCAGCUGACGGUCAGCCUGCACGACGCGCUGGCAGAGGUACAAAGGCUAAAAGAAGAGUUGGAAUCAAAAGACAAGCAGUUGAUACGAGCAAAGCAGAAUUUAGAAGGGAAGGAAAAGCUGAACGAGCGGCACCAAGCGUUAUAUGGAAACUCAUGUAACCCCAAAGACAAGGUGAUCAUUCUCGAGCGCGAGCUCUCCGCAACUCAGACACGUAUCGGUCAGCUGGAAGCCCUCGCCAAGAGCUUAGAACAGGAUAAAGAUGAAUUGCAGGCGAGCUUGCGGGACCACCAACGCGCGCUGGCCGAGAGAGAGGAGCAGCUACAGGAGAUCAUGGCUCUCAAACUGGACGACGACCAAAAAGAAGACGAACCAGAAGGCAAAACGUCCGCCAGAACCCUCAGCGACAUAGUGUCCAUCUCCGAAUUCGACGAACAGGACCUGCAAAUGCGUCGCGCCGAACUCAAAGCUCAAAACCUCAGCCUCUCCGGCAUCCCCCACGCUGAUAACAGAGAUAAAACACAAAACAGGACUCAACCCCCUGAUGUAUCCAAGGCUAACAUUAGCUCCCUAAACCUAGACUUUAUUGACCACUUUGAUCUACCUAGCUUCACACCGAGAGCUGAAUCUUUACCAUUAACAUCCACUCAGAAUAAGGACAGGUUUAAGAGAAACGUUAACGAGAUGACAUUAUUCGGUACUGCGGAGACAUUUGAAAAUGUUAAGCAUUCUACAGCUCAAAACAUACCUGAUAACUGUUCUUUAUACCCAAAUAGAGAGGUAGAUGAUAGUAAAGAUGUCAGCGUUGCUCCGAAGAAGAUUGAUUUCUCAGCAGAACCUUCACAAGAUAAUAGGAGUCAUGAUGAAGAGUUUACUUCACUAAGAGAACUUGGUAUCACACUUGAUAUAAGGCAGGAGAAUUUCCCAGACAUAUUGACACAGUUGAAACACGAGAUUAAGAAGUCUAGGAGCGAACUUGAUACUUGCAAAUCGGAGUUGAAAAACGCUGAAGAACAAUUAUGUGAAUUCCCAGCUCUUAAAGAAGAAGUAGAAGAGCUGAAAGGAUUGCUAGAAAACACCAUGGCUACUAUGGAGAAUGAUAAGAAGUUCUAUGAAAAUCAGCUGGAACAUUUCUCUUCAAAUAAAACUCUGUUAGAACAAAGAGUGAAUGAACUAACGCAAGAAGUUAAUGAGAAAUCAAAAGAUUUACACCUUCUUAAAGAAGAUAUUUUAAGGAGAGAAAAUAUGAUACUAGAACUAGCUAAAGAGAAACGUAAUUUGACCAACAAAUUGACUGAAUUAGAAGUCAAAAUUGACGAAAUACAGAGCAGAAAUAAUUCUCUAGAAAAAUGUGAGACCGAAAACCGCAUUUUGAAAGAAAAGAUUUCUGAACUUCAGAAACUAGAACAGUUAGUAUCCGAGAAGAAUCAACAAAUUGACAGUUUGAACCAACAUUUAGACAGAUUAGACGACAUGCAGAGACGCCUUAAUGACAAAACGGAAGAACUGGACAACUUAAAAGAGGCGUUUGAAGAAAAAUCAAACGAAUUAUUCAGACUACAAGAUACCAUUGACGCUCAAAAUCGUGACAUCGACAAAAUCAACGAAGAAAAUAACAACCUUAAUGUAACCAACAAAGAACUAAAGCUGAAACUAACUAAACUAGAAAAAGAUCAAGAGAACGCGUCACUCAAACUACAAAAUAGCGAAACUGAACUAGAAAGAGUGAACUCACUAAACAACGAAUUGACAUCGAAAAUAGACGAACUAAAAGAUUUAACAGACAAGCUUAAAGAUAAAGAAACAGAGAUAGAUAUACUGAAUGAAGACAUAAAUUCUUACCAUGAAGAGAUAGCGUCUUUAAAGGAACAGAUGAAGAUGGUGUCGCGCAGUCCGUCGCCGAAGAGUAAGAGUGAGAAAGGGACGGACAGACAGGCGAGCAACGAUAAGAAGCAGUUGGCUAAGAUAAGGAAGCAGAUCUCACUGCUGCAGCAUGAGCUGGACUUUAACAGGAAGGAACUCAAUGAUAAGGCCUUCGAGCUAGCCAAAGCCAAGCUAGACGUGACAGAGCUUCGCAACAGCCUAUCACAAGCCACGAAGCAAGCAGCCGACGGUGAAGAAUUCAAAAAAGAAGCAGAGACAAUGAGAGCGGAAAGAGACAGAUUAGCCGAGCAGCUACAAGCAGUUUCAGAGAGAAUACGGGAAGAAUCGGACAUGACCGAGCUGAAGAUGAAACUUCAUGAGAAGACUGAGAAGUGCCAGGAAUUGGAGGCGGAGAUCCAAGACUUGAGAGAUCUAGUAGACAGACUACGCGAAACCGGGCAGCAAUGUUCAUCGGAGCAACGCGCACUCGUCGUGAGCGGGACGAGGUCUCCCACCGCGGAACUAGAACGGGCACUCAGAGACCAACUCGACUAUUCUCAUCAACUCGAUCAGGACAUUAUGGAACAGAUUUUAUCAGGGAGUAGCGACGAGCAUGAAGACAUUCCAAGACUCGCUUUGAAUUCUUCAAAAUCAUCAAGCUCCCUUCACUCGACAUCCUCAGACCGCAUGAACCGUCUCAAGUCUGAGAACGAUAAGCUGGUCAUGCAAGUCAAUAAUCUGGAAGCGAGGCUGAAGGAUAAGGACGCUCUCAUCACGGAACUCAACAGGUGAGACCACU